GGUUGAGACGCCUAGAUACAGGAUACACCGGCUUCGGUCAUAUUGGCGUCGUAUGUCCGAUAUCUGCCUGUCGAAAGCAAAAUGAAGUAUGAUCAGGGUCCGAUAAGAUGCGUAAUAACCUCCUUCUGGGUACUUAACAAGCAUUAAGCUCGAGUAUCCGCGUCUGCCGUAUCCAUUUCUAUACUCUCUUUCUCCCUCAUCGAUUUGGUGUGAUACGAGUGCUCUCUGUUUCUUUUUUUUCGCGAUGCCUCGCCAUCGACCUCGUCGCCUGCAGCAUAUACAGGGUAUUGGAGUCGAUCAAAUGGGCAAUCUUGCUGAUGCCUCUGACUCGGACUACCUCCGCCUCGAAAAUCUUGACGUCGAUUUACCCCCGGAUAAAGAGGCUCUCGAAUAUACCGAGUGUGCCAUCCAUAGAGAUGAGUUCAACAGUUAUCUGCCCUUCACGGGACAAAGCCGCCUGCGCGACGUGGCGGCCAAGCAUGUGUCCCAGCUAUCCGGGGUGGAAUAUGUUGGAGAUCGCAACUGUGUUAUAUCCGCUGGUGGUCUCUCCGGCAUCCUCAAUGUGCUCCUAGCCACGAUCGAGGAAGGUGACGAGGUCAUCAUGACAGACCCGACUUACCGUGGACUGAUCAACCGUGUUCUUCUCGCUGGGGGCGUGCCAAAGCUCGUUCCCUUCACCUUCCACCCUGGGAAUGAGUGGAAAUUAGAUCUCAACGCGCUGCGGUCUGCCGUUACCGAGAAAACCGCAGCUAUGUUGCUCAUGUCGCCAUCGAUGCCAAGUGGCGGCUAUUUGAACCAGGAAGACUGGGGCCUAGUCUCGGAGUUAUGUGUUUCAAGCGACCUUCUCCUGAUCCUGGAUGCAGCCAUGGAAAGACUCGUCUUCGACAGGCGUCCUGUUAUCUCGCCUGCUGGCUUGCCGGGCAUGGCGGAACGAACCAUUAUUGUCGGAUCUUCUGCAAAAGAAUUGAGGAUGAUCGGGUGGCGAGUUGGCUGGAUCGUUGGCCCGGAAGAUCUCAUGAAGGAUAUUGCUGCCGUGUCGAUGGCCAACGUCGUUGUUCCUGUGGGAAUCGCGCAAGAAGCCGUCGCGAUUGCCCUAGAGAAGUCGUCCGCGUCAUCCAUGCCCCUGGCAGAAUACGUCGACGAGCUUCAAGCCCGGCGAGAUUUGAUCCUGUCAGAACUGGCUGGUCUCCCAGUGGGUGUGCCCAGUGGGGGUUGGAGUCUUUUGUUACGAGUCAGUGACUUUGGAAUCGAUGGCGCUACAGCUUCAAAACGACUCCUGGGCCAAGGGGUUUGUGCGACCUCGAUGGAUGGAUGGGGAGAUGUCCAUGGCCGUCAAUAUGUCCGAUUUGUCUUUUCUAACGAGCCUCUGCAUCGAUUAAAAGGUCUGGGCCAAAAGGUUCGACGGGCUUUAGAGAGCUAAAGGAGCGUCGGAAAGAGCACAAUUUGCCCUACAAAAUGUUAAAGUCGACUAACAUGGACCUCGGCGUCAGGAUUUCGACCCAACUUGUCAUGUUCUCAGUUUUUGGUGGUUUUUGUUGCUUUCUUACAGUAGGGAGAACGGAAAUACUCAUUUGUAAGUUUGGAGCUGCUUAACCAACAUCUAUCGAUUGAUUCUACCAUCGGGCAAUCUAUGCUGGUCUAUCUAAGCUUUGAUUACACUCUAUCUGAAUGUUCCCUAUUCUAUCCGGCUAUCU